AUGGGCCAAUCGCAGUCGCUAUCGCUGGUCGAGGCGUCGGAGCUGAUUCGCCAGCAACUCUCUGCUGACGUGUUCGUCUCCCAUUUGCUCGCCGUCGAGCCGCACUCGUGGCGUCGCCCGCCAUUACCGCACAGCGGACUAAUAGUGUGCGAGGUGGAGGUGGAUGAGCGCGGAGUGCCCGUGGCUUCCUCUAAGGACUACGUCCCCCCAUCCUUCUCCCUUUCUCUCCUUUCCCCCCCCCAUCCCUCUCCCCCAUCCCUCUCCCCCAUCCCUCUCCCCCAUGCCUCUCCCCCAUCGCUCUCCCCCAUGCCUCUCCCCCUAACAGACCCGGCCGCAGUCAGCAGUUCCUGCUGCAGCCAAUCACAUGCCGGAACGGGGCCAGCUGUCGCUUCUGCCACUCCCAGGGGUAGCUUCUCAGCUGCAGGAGGAGCGCUAGGAUCUCUCCCUCUCUCCUCCUCCCUCCCUUCCCUACCAACCUCCACCCAACCUCUGUCUUCCGACCCUGCCACUGCCAAACCUGCCGCCUCUGAACCUACCACCUCCGAACCUGCUGCCCCCAAACCUACCGCCUCCGAACAUGCCGCCUCUGAACCUGCUGAUUCCGAACCUGCCUCCUCCAAUGCCAACACCACCAAGGACAGUGCAGGAGGCGGGGGUCUGGCGGAUGAACACAGAGGGGAGGAUUCUUCGUCUCCCCCCGUCCAUGUUGACUCACUUCCUCUCCUCUCACUCCCUGAGUAUGUCUGCUCGCUAGGCUCGGACCCUUCUGUUCAAUUCGACCAUGCAGCCCUCCCACCUGCCCUCCCACCUGCCCUCCCAUCUGCCCUCCCACCUGCCCUCCCACCUGCGACAUCUGGUAACCAGAAACAGCAGGGGCAGCAGCAGGAGCAGCAGCAGCAGCAGCAGCAGCAGGGGCAACAACAGCAGCAGCAGCAGCAGGGGAAGCAACAGCAGCAGCAGCAGCAGCAGGGGCAGCAGCAGCAGUGGACGAGCCUUGCAGGAGCGGCCAAUCGGUGCUUUGCUGUGAGAGCCAAUAAGACUGCGCCACGUCUGCAGUACUGCCGCUGCCGCAGCCCCUGUAGCGAGGGUGGGAGAUGCAACGAGGGAGGAGGAAGAAACGGAAUUGGAGUGGAGGGAGUGGAGGUCAGGUUGGGGGGAGAGGUGGGUGGAGGUGGUGAGAUGGAGAAGAAUGAGAGGACAGAGGGAGAGAAUAAGAGGGAGGUCAGUGAGGGAGAGAAAGUGAGUGAGGGAGAGAAAGUGAGUGAGGGAGAGAAGGUGGGUGAGGAAGAGAAAGUGAGUGAGGGAGAGAAAGUGAGUGAGGGAGAGAAGGUGGGUGAGGAAGAGAAAGUGAGUGAGGGAGAGAAAGUGAGUGAGGGAGAGCAAGUGAGUGAGGGAGAGAAGGGAGAGAAGCCACAGAAGAGCCCGUCUUCGAAGCCUCCUCUUGCUCCCACUCCCUCCACACGCACAGCCACAGCCACAGCCACAGCAGCAGCAGCAGCAGGAGCGGCAGGAGGGGCAGCAGCAGCAGCAGCAGCAGCAGGAGGGGCAGCAGCAGCAGCAGAAGCGGCGCUCGUCUCCACCGCCGCCCAACCUUCCGACCAAUCAGGGACCACAAUCUUCUUCCUCUACCCCUCCGUUCCCUUCACUCUGGCCGGCGUGCUUCGGCACAGCCCCGAGGCGCUACGAGACGAGUUUGCCGCCCGGCUGGUCGCGUUUGGAUUCUUGCAGGGGGUGGCGGCAGCACAUGCGCUGGGGAUCUCCUGCGGGGCGGCAGUGCCGCCCAAUAUUGCGGGGGGGGGAGGGGGAGUAGGGGAGGGAAAAGGAGGGAUUGGUGAUGGUAGUAGGAAGAAUAGGGCUGGAAGGCAGGUGAGAGGAGACGAAGGGAGAGGAGGAGGAAAAGGAGGAGAAGAAAGGAAAGGAGAGCAAAAGGGGCAAGACGCGGAGGUGAUUUCGACAGGAGAGGGAGCCAUGGCGAAAGGCGGGGACAAAGAAGAUGAGCAGGAGGAAAUUCUAAGGAAGCUUCCUCCUCCGCAGCGCGCACUUGCCGCGAAGCUUCCUUUCAGCGAUCUCCUGGGCAGGUGGAUGGCAUGGGAGAUCAGCAACCUGGAUUAUCUCCUGGAGCUCAACAGAAUAGCGGGGAGGCGGAGCGGAGACAGGGAUUUCCACGCUGUCAUUCCGUGGGUGAUUGAUUUCACGGUGGCUCCGUUUGAUACCACCGCAGGUUCAUUCACCGGGGGUUCAUUCACCGGGCGUUCAAUCUCUGCUUUUAAUGUCUCUGCUUUUGAUCGUACUGGUCCUGCUUCCGAGGCCUCCGUGGCUGUUGUGGCUUCUUCUGAGGGGGUUGAUGCUGCGGGCUUGUUACCCAGGGACCUGUCUGUCGGGGUUGAUGCUGCUGGCUUGUUACCCAGGGACCUGUCUGUCGGGGUUGAUGCUGCUGGCUUGUUACCUAGGGACCUGUCUGUCGGUGAUCUGAUAUCUGCGGAUAGAGCAAGCGAAAGCUUUCCUCCUCUGCGUCCUGCCGCCGCUGCUGCUGCUGCUGGUGCUACCGCUACCAGUACUACUCUAUCCUCCUCUUCCUCCUCCUCCACAGCUCCCCUCAAGGGUUGGCGGAACCUGCGCUUAACUAAGUGGCGGGCGGUAAAAGGCGACGAGCAGCUCGAUUUCACCUACUCGUCCUCCGAAGUCCCCCACCACGUGGCAGAAGAGUGUGUGUCUGACGUGGCAGUCUGCAUGUACUCGGCUCGAAAACUCCCUCUGUGGAUAUUAAGGAGGGUGGUGAGGACGGUCUUUGAGCCUAAGGAGUAUCCUAGUACGAUGGGGAGGAUGUAUAGGUGGACUCCUGAUGAGACCCUGCCCGAGUUUUUUUUCGAUCCUGCCCUGUUUCGGUCGUACCAUGAGGGGCUGCCCGACCUGGCGCCUCCUGAUUGGAUGGAUGAGUUUGCGGGCAGUGUGGGGGGAGCGGAGGUGGAUGGAGAGAGAGGAGGGGAAAGAGGAGGGGAGGGAGGAGGGGAGGGAGGAGGGGAAGGGGGAGGGGAGGGAGGAGGGGAGAGAGGAGGAAAGGGAGGAGGAGUCAAAUUUGAAAGAGAUCUUUCUGGAUCUUCAGAUCCUGCAAUCAUGAUGGACGGCGACGAUUUGAUCCUGCGAAUCAAAUCCAAUCGCGUCCAUCGCUUCCUCGCCCUCCACCGGGCGGCACUAGAGGGUGAUUUUGUCUCUUCUGAGCUGCACCACUGGAUCGACCUCACCUUUGGCUACUGUCUCGCUGGCGACGCGGCAUUGGCCGCCAAGAAUGUGGUCCCGCCACCGACCAAUGAGGAGGCGCCACGUGGACAUGGGAGGUGCCAGCUGUUCGUGCAUCCUCACCCGCAGAGGGGACCUAGACCAGCGGGGUUGAGUGGAGGGAGGGGAGGAGUUUGGGGAGGGAGAGAGAUAGGAGGACAAGUGGAGGAAUUUUCUCGAUUCCUAGAAUCCACGCGCCACCUGUCGCCCGUCUAUUGGCCGCCGCCCGAGAUCCUUGCCCCGCCUCCUGUCUCCCCCAGGGGUUACCGGAGAGGGGGGAUGGGGUCUGCUGUUGCUGCUGCUGCUGCUGCUUCUGGUUCCAUAGUUACAGCAAACCGACAUCAUAUGGGGCAGGAGGAGGAAGAAACGGACAAACAAGGCACGUCCGCAUCCUCGUCCUCUUCCUCAUCCUCCUGCUCCUGCUGGGCGGAAGAUAUUUUUGUGGCCGGCUGCGUGAUUGCGGAGAUUUUCCUCCGCCGCCCGCUUUUCGACCCAGACUCAGCACACGUCUUCGCCACGGUCGGCAGUCUGCCGCCCGCUUUCUACAACCUGCCAAGCUCCGUGCAACCGGUGAUCAGAGGCCUAGUAGACCGCAACCCCGCUCGCCGCCCGACCGCUGCUACAGUCCUCGCUUCGUCCUUUUUCAGUCCUGCCGUCCGGUCGGCCCACUCGUUCCUCUCCUCGCUGCACUCCCUCCCGUUCCCGAGCCAGCGGCUCGCGUUCGCCGCGUCCCGAGCCAAGCAGGGAGGCUUGGGAACGAAGCUGCGGACGCACGCGAUUGGCCGAAGCAGCAGCAGCGGCCGCAACAGCCGGGAGAGAAUGGAGGGACUGAGAGACCAGGGGGGGGGAGACGGGAGGGUGAUUCGAGAGGAGGAAGUUGCACUCUGGAUGUGUGCAUGCGAGGUGGUAACCCUGUUACAGCAGCCAGCUCUAGACCUCUCCGACCCUGCGGUUCAAUCCCAUAUCACAGUGGUUCUGAACGGUUUGCUGCAUCCCACUAGGGGUCUCGGCCGGAGGGCGAUAGUGGCUCUGCUGGUGCCACUGGCAGUGCGAGCAGUGGAAGCUAAUGAACCCAAGGGGUUGAAUGAGAUUGUGUUCGGUGAAGGGGUGUGGGAUAAGCUUGCAAUGGCUGUAGGGUUACCGGACCAGACAAUUGCCCCUCUCAUCGCUCACAUCACCAGGGGACCCUUACAACACGCCUCCCACAUUCAAGACCUCUUGAUUGAUAUCGCUUCCAAACUGGGAGAGAGAGCAUCGAAACGGCACCUGGUGCCCAGGCUACAAGCAGCACUAGCGCACUUGAAGAUGAUGCAGAGGGAGCUCCUGGCGGGUGUUCUUACAGACAUGUACGACCUCUUUGCUAUGGACGAGGUACGUACGGUGCAUGGGUUUGGUGUUCUAGGCAGCUUGAAUAGCAGGGGGCAGCAGGGGCAGCAGGGGGCAGCGGGGAAGAGAGGGCGGUUGUUAGAUGUGGGAGGGGACGAGCAGAGGAGGGAGCUUUUGGCGGGUAUUCUCACGGAUGUGUAUGAUCUGUUCUGCAUGGACGAGUUAUGUGGGAUGCAGAGGAAGCUGCUGGGGGGUAUUCUCACGGACGUGUAUGAUCUGUUCUGCAUGGGCGAGCUAUGUACUAUGCAUGGCAACGACGCCAGCUCAUCAGCGGAAGAUUCCAGGAUGCUUCCUCCUGCCGGCGCCUCUGCUGCUGGUGGUCUCGCCACCACCGCCGCUGCAACCAGCAGCCAAUCCUGGCUCUCCACGUCAGCCGACUCUUUGCCCGAGACUCACCCGGGCAGCCCAGAGGAAAAUUCCUCCCUGCCCGAACCACCCGAGCCGUGGUUCUGGCUGCCCGAAAAACGUUUGGAUGCCCCUCCGAAUGAGGAGGGGUGGGACGUGGGGAGGAGGCUGGGGGGAGGAGGGGGAGGGGCAGGGGGAAGUUCAGUCAGCCUUGCCAGUAUGAGCGCUGUUUCGUCUGUUUCUGGGGGAGGUGGCAGCUCGUGGAUGGCUCGCGACAGGGAGGAGUCCCAGCCCGGGUGGCAUCUGAAUUUGUCUGUACUCAGAUCCUGGGCGGCACACGACGGGCCUAUUACGGGGAUAGCAGUUCUGGAGAAUGAAGAGGCAUUUGUGACUAUAGGGAGGGGAGGGUUAUUGUCAGAGGGGAGUGGAGGAGGGGGAGGGGGGAGAGAGGGAAGAGCAGGAGGGGGAGGAGGACGGGGUGGGAGAAGCCGGGGAGGGGCAGGAGGCGGGGGAGGUGGAGAAGGAGGGGGAGGAGGAGGGGAGAGGGUUCGGGUGUGGGAUGUGGGGUCAGGGGACUGUACUUUAGAAUACUCAGGCCAUUCCGAGGUUCCUCUUGCAGUGUGUGCGUUACAAGGCACCUCGUUAGUAGCAACAUGCGACGAAGUAAUCCACGUAUGGGACUCUUCCUCUGGCGAGCUCUUAUCUCUCUUUGAAGAGCCGCCUUCCUCUCUAGCAGCUCACCUCCAGCAGCAGCAGCAGCAGCGGGAGCAGCAGCAGCUGUACUCACACCACUCCUCCUCCACCCCCACACUCUCUGCUGCUGCCGCCGCCGCUGCCGCCGCAGCAGGAGCGGCCGGAAACCCCCUCGCGUACUUCUCCUCUUCCCCUCGCCUCGCCAUGCCUAUCGGCCAGCUUCCGGACCAGACCUCUUCUCUGGAUCCCGCUGCUACAUCCUCAAUCUUCUCCUCUUUCGCCGCCGCUACAGGCGGAGUGGCAAGUGGGAUCCCAGCCUCCCCUCGCAUGUCCUCCUCUCUCUUCUCCUACCAUCCCUUCUCCUCCCUCUCCUCUCUCUCCACCACUCCUCGAUCCCACCCGUCCCCACACUCCCUCUCCUCGUCCGCCCUCCCGGACCUCGCCGGCCUAGGCUCAGGAGACGGCUCGGCGGGAGGCUCGGUUGGGACGCCGAGGCAUGGGAGGGGGCGCAGCGUUAGCAGUCCCAUGACUGUGUGUAGAUACACGUCGCUGCUGUUCCUGGGGCCAGCAGGGGGGAACAGGCUCGUGGCCGGCACGUCUACAGGCUGCAUCCGCCUUGUGGACAUGUGUGCGGGGCGUCUGCUCUCCCUCUGGCAGUGCGGUCUAUCAGAGCCAUUCUGCACACCAGUCACUGCCCUCGCCUCUGCUGCCACGACCACCUCCUCCUCCCGCCGCUCCUCCUCCUCCUCCUCGCCCUCCUCCUCUUCCUCCUCUUCCUCCUCUGCCCACACUCGCUCCCCUGUUUCCACCAAGUGUGUUUCUGUGGGUUUCCACUCGGGACACCUAGCGUUCCUUGAUUGGACGACGGGGAUGGUGGUGGCACGGGUGAAGGCACACUCGGGGAGGGUUACAGGGCUCGUGCCAUGUGGCGAGUAUCAGCUUCUGUCCUCGUCCACAGACUCGACCAUAGCCCUGUGGGAUAUCAGAAGAGCUGCUGACGUGGCAGCAGUGGAGAGAGUGGUGGCUCACACACAAGGCAUCACAGCAAUGGUUGCGCUCACACCCACCAUGCUCACGCCCUCAUCUGGGGGAGGUACAUCUGGAGCAGGCGGAGGGCUGAGCGGCGUGGGAGCGGAUCUAAUGCCUCCCAGCAUGACCCUGGGCCGGGUUGUGAUGACAGCAGCGGGGAGUCAUAUUGGCGUGACGAAUGUCUCGGGAUUGUCCCAAAUUGCAAAUGCUCGCACACGUGUCAAGUUCUCGAGCCAUGAGCUUGUAGUUCGCUGGCCUCCUCCCCAUUCGGAUGUCAAUCUACAAUUCCAUGCACAACAAGUGAUCGACAACAUUCAAUCGUCCAGGUCAACCCCCAUAUUUUCGUUGGAUGUGCUUCCCUACUCUCGCCUCUUCCUUGCCGGAGGCGAGGAUGGUAUUGUUCGUGUUUGCAAUUAG